GAUCCUCCUGUAGCUUGCUUUGCUGCUCGACGGUUCGACGCUACGACUGUAGGCAAGGUUUCGAUCUUACCUCGGGAUGGCUUCGCUCGGUGAGCUCGCCUGCACCUACGCCGCUCUCGUCCUGCACGAUGAUGGAAUUUCGAUCACAUCGGAGAAGAUUUCAACCCUGGUGAAGGCUGCCAAUUUGACCAUCGACUCCUUCUGGGCGUCUCUCUUUGCCAAGCUACUCGAGAAGAGGAGCGUGGACGAUCUCAUCUUGAGUUUGGGAUCGGGCGGAGGUGCUGCAUCGCUUGCGAUCUCUGCCGCCCCUGCUGCGGCCGGUGGUGCUGCACCCGCCGCCGCCCCUGCAGCUGAGGAGAAAAAGGAGGAACCCAAGGAAGAGAGCGACGAGGACAUGGGUUUCAGUUUGUUCGAUUAGAGAUAGAGCGUAGAUAGAUCAAUCAUGAGUCUUUUACAGGUUAUUUGCUAUCGAUUUUGAAACUUUAUUGUUCAAUAUUGACAUUUUCCUUUCAUCCAUUAAUGAGAUUGAUUUGAUUUUGUCAUCGAUGUUUAACAUUUAUAGCUGUUGCUCAUUGCUUCUCUUGACCUGUUUGAUGUGAAAUAUGUGCCACAUAUAGCUUAGU